AGCAUAUAUAUACAUUUGGGUUUUGCCGUGUGGGAAGCUAGUGUUUCUCGUCUUCGUCUGUUUUACUGCGCGUGGACCGGGUUCAGCAAGAACAACACGUUCAUUGGAAGGUGACAGGAAUUCGUUUACGCGGCCCCGAUACGUGACGAUUGCGUUGGAGACUGUCGGCGAGGAAACCCUCUCGAUUUCUCCGUUUUCAUGUCAACUUUCAUGUCGUACAAUGAGCAGGGUGAAUCGAUGCGCUGCACUGCCCUCCAUCAUGAAAGCUACAGCGUUGCGCGGCACAUUGCGGCCCUCUUUGCCAUCCUUGCCGGCUCCUUUUUAGGUACGGUUUUGCCGAUCCUCGGCAAGCGCGGGGACCGCUUUCGCGUGCCCGAUUAUGUCUACGCGGUUGGCAAGUCGAUCGCCACCGGGGUGGUGCUGGGCGUGGCGGUUAUUCACAUGUUAGAGCCGGCAAAUGCGUCGCUGACGAGCGAGUGCCUGCCCGACGCGAUUCGCAAUCUGUCGAACCCGCUCGCGUACAUGAUUUGCCUCGCCGCGGUCGCCGCCAUGCACUCCCUCGAGGCGUGCCUGCGGACCUUUUUUGAGAAUCGCACGGCCUCUAACUUUGCCCGCGUUGAGAGUGACGAGAACGAGCACCUGCUGUCGUGCUCCGACAUUGGCCAUCACCACCACCCUGUUAUUUACGUGGACGACCCGGAGACCACCAGUGGCGUAAAUUUGCUCUCGGCGGUUUUUCUCGAACUCGGUGUCUCGCUGCAUAGUGUCUUUGUCGGUCUCACCGUCGGUGUCUGCGCGGAUGCAGAGUUGUACACGUUAGUCUGUGCCCUGUGCUUUCACCAGUUUUUUGAAGGUGUGGCACUCGGUUCACGUCUUGUCGAAGCGUCUCUCACCCCCAAGACGGAGUACGUCUUCUCCGCCGUGUUCGUGCUCUCCGCUCCCUUCGGUGCUGCGAUCGGCGUAAUGAUUGUUUGCGAACAGCUGGUCAACACCAAUGGCAGCUCCUAUCUCCUCACUCAGGGCCUCUUAGAUGCCGUCUGCGCGGGUAUUCUCCUCUACCUCGGCUUUCAGCUUUUGGUGAGCGACUUUUACUCCGACCUGCGUGCGCACUCACGUGGCGUACGCUUUCCCCGUUUGUUUCUGACCGCCAUGUUGUUGGGACUCUGGAGCGGGCUUGUCAUUAUGGCUCUCAUUGGGCAGUACCUGUGA